UUUAAUGAUUUGACGUGUACAAAAGUAUAUAGUGAAUUAGUAUACCUAUAACUGUUUUAUUAUAAGAUUACAGUUAGAAUGGGUGCAGAUAAAAAUACAGAAAAUCUUGUAAUCAAAAUCAAUAAAUGGGAUGGAUCUGCAGUAAAGAAUGCAUUAGAUGAUGCAGUUAAGGAUGUACUUACAAAAAAAUACAAUUAUAUAGAAAACUUUGCUUUACUUGAUGGAAGAUUAGCUCUAUGUGGAAUUGCUGUAACAGUAGCAAUUGUUGCUCUUCUUUGUGAUUAUUUAUAUCCUUUUCCUGCAUCCAAACCAGUUUUAGCUAUUUGUGUUACAUUAUAUUUCCUGUUAAUAGGACUUCUUACUUUAUAUACAACAUACAAAGAAAAGGGUAUAUUUGUUGUAGCUAUUCAAAGGGAUCCUGCAGGUUUUAAUCCUGAUCUUAUUUGGGAAGCAAGUUCAUAUUUAAAAAGAUAUGAUGAUAAAUAUAAUCUUGUGCUAUCUGUUAGAAGUACUGCUACAGGAAAUGUGAAUGAAACUAGUGUUACAAAAUCUGUUGCAAAUUUUAUUGAUGUCAAUGGCGUUGUUAUUCCAGAAUUAAUAGAAAAUGUUGUGACAAAUAUGCAUGAUAGCUUAACUAUUCAACGUAAAGAAAAGUAGCAGAAAGAAUGAUAUUCAAUUGAAUAUGAUCAUUAUCUUUUUUUUAUAAUAUACAAAAAAUUGUUUUUUUUUUAUAUUUUGUGUAUUUCAUAUUGGUGUUAAA